AUGGGGCUCCGGAAGAAAGGCUCCAGGAACCCCCCGGUGCUGAGCCACGAAUUCAUCCUGCAGAACCACGCGGACAUGGCGUCGUGCGUGGGCAUGUUCUUCUUGCUGGGGCUGAUGUUCGAGGGCACGGCCGAGGUGUCCAUCGUCUUCCUGACGCUGCAGCACGGGGCCUCCGUGCCCGCGGGGGAAGGGGCGGCCGCGGGCGCGCGCACGCUGUACCACUACGGCGCCCGCGACCUGGCCACCGUGUUCUUCUACAUGCUCGUGGCCAUCAUCGCGCACGCCACGCUGCAGGAGUACGUGCUGGACCGCAUCGGCCGCAGGAUGCAGUUCACCAAGGCGCGCCAGAGCAAGCUCAACGAGUCCGGCCAGCUGAGCGUGUUCUACGUGGUGUCCUGCGUCUGGGGCGCCUGCAUCCUCGUCUCUGAGAACUGCCUGGCAGACCCCACGCUCCUGUGGAGGGCGCACCCGCACCCCCUGAUGACCUUUCAGAUGAAGUUCUUCUACAUCUCACAGCUGGCCUACUGGUUCCACGGUUUUCCCGAGCUCUACUUCCAGAAAAUCAAGAAACAGGACAUCCCUGGUCAGCUCAUCUACAUUGGGCUCCACCUCUUCCACAUUUCUGGAGCCUAUCUGCUGUACUUGAAUCACCUGGGGCUCCUCCUUCUGGUGCUGCAUUAUUUUGUUGAAUUACUGUCUCACCUGUGCGGCCUGUUUUAUUUUAGUGAUGAAAAUUACCAGAAAGGGGUUUCUUUGUGGGCCCUUGUGUUUAUCUCAGGGAGACUUGUGACUUUAAUUGUUUCCGUAGUCACCGUGGGGUUCCAUCUGGUGGGAUCGCACACGCGGAAUACGACGGAUUCUCUUGCGGGAAACGUCAAUGUAUUGGCUGCCAAAAUCGCAGUGUUGUCUUCCAGUUGCUCCAUCCAAGUGUACAUAACGUGGACUUUGAUUACUGUCCGGGUUCAAAAGUGGGUGGAAGAUUCUACUGUGCAGGCCUGCAGUGCGAAAAAGAAACGCUCCACGAGUAAAGGAAAGUCUAGAAAAAGAACAGAAAAUGGAAUGGAUACUUCAAACAGAGUAGACCCUGCCCCAAAGAGGAAAGAGAAAUCAUUAUGA